AUGAAUUACGACAAUAAUCGUCCCUCAUCGUCUGGAACUUAUCUGGGAAGAGACUCGUAUAGAACACCGAGAAGAGAAAACAAUGGCGGAUAUGAAUACCAAGAUAGGGCUAGAGAAAGAGUUCGUGAUAGUCCAUACGGAGAAAGAAGUACACCGGAAUAUGAAAGGAGAAGUGGGAAUGAUAGGUAUGAUGACAGGAGAAACGGGAAUGAUAGGUAUGAUGACAGAAGAAAUGGGAAUGAUAGGUAUGAUGAUAGAAGAAAUGGAAAUUAUAGACCAUCACGACCAUCUCAUGACACAAGGAACGAUAGAUAUAAUAGUAACAGAUAUUAUAGAGAUAAAGGAGAUCGUUCUGAUAGAGGAGACUCACUGUUCUCAUAUAAACCGAGAUAUGAUGAUCGACAACUGAAGGGAAGACAAAGAGUUCCUACGCAAGAUUUAAAACCCAAGUUGACCAAAGAAGAAGAAAUAGAGAGGUGUCAAAAGAAACUAGCAAGUUUGCAAAAGGUUCCAAAUAUUGAGGAUAUCACUAUUAUCGACUCGAAAUGGGGCGUGAAACCAAAAGGGUUUGAGAAUGUAACAGCACAGAGAGCCAAGUUAUCAGGGUUGUUUCCCUUACCAGGUUAUCCAAGACCUGUUGAUUUUACAAAGUUAGAAGGGGUAGCUAGAGACAGAUUAUUAAAUUCCAACGAUAUUUUGAAUGGUUCGUCGAAAAUUGAUCCUAUAGAUUCAAGAAACUCUAGCAUCUUGUUCAUUAAAAACAUUAAUUUUGGUUUAAUUGACUACUUGAAAAUCACUGAGUAUUUCAAUAAAUUUUUGAGCCAAAUUGAUAUCCCCGAGACCACAUUAAACAACGUGGAAUCCAAAAGGAAAACAAAAGAUGAUCAAAAUUUAAUCAUUGAAUUUAAGAACAAUACAUGUGCGACAAUUGCAAUGGCAUUAAAUUCUAGGAAAUUAUCGUUUAAUGAGAUGAAGUUGGUCAAAAACGACGACGAAGGAAACCCUAUUCAUCAAGGGGGUCAAGAAACUGGAGAUAAUAUCGUACUUGAUAUUUCCAGACCUGGGGAAUACGUAGUUCAAUGUUUACCACCGUAUGAUAAAAUUAAAGAGGAUGAAAUCGAAGAGGUUGUAAUCGAUAGCCCAAGAAAAAUUACACUUUUAGUAUCUCCCACGCUUAAUGAAACAGAAUUAAUUUCAAACAUAAAGGAGAUAGGCACUAUCAAAGGAUUUCAGUUGUUAAGAGAGAUAGGUACUAAAGAGUCAUUAGGAAUAGCUUUCCUAGAAUUUUAUAUUGAUCCAACUAAAUAUCAGAAGACUAUUAACGCCAUUCCAGUUAUGCAGACGUUGAUUGAACAAUUGAAAGAAAGUCUGCUUAUAGAAGAUGCCUUUUUCUCCUGCAUUAUUCCUGAUAAGACGAGUAUCCAAGAUUGUCCAAUUGAUUUGAGCACAUUAAAGAAAUUAGUAAAGAAUGAACAUGUUACAACACACCCAAGCCUGCGAGUUAUUCAGCUAAUCAAUAUAGUAACUGCUAAAGAUUUGAUGGAUGAUGCUAAUUUCAAAUUUAUUCAAAAGGAUAUUCUGCAAGAGGUUUCAAAGUUUGGGAAUUUAAGAACUAUCAAGAUCCCAAGACCAGCAAAUGAUUAUACUCCAGGAAUAUCGCAGUUUUCUCAGCCAGGGUUAGGAAAAAUAUAUAUUGAGUUUGACGAUGAGGAAACUGCAUUAAACGCUAUCAUGGGACUAGCUGGAAGAAUGUAUAAUGAUAGAACCGUACUUUGUUCGUUUUAUGAUUAUAAUGAUUUUAAAAACGGAUUACUUUAA